AUGCCAAUUUUGUGUAUUGAAGGUGAAACUCAUUUCAUGGUUCUAAUCUUUUACCAUCGCAUUAUUUUAGUCAAAGAAGCCAGACUCCAAGGUUUUAAUAGUCCAGUCUCGGUUAUCGUCGCGCUCGACAUUAAUGGAGCCAAAUCGUUCACUAGGACUCUGAGGGGAAGCAAUCCAAUCUGGAAUGAGGAAUUUUCCUACGAGCUUGACAGCUUGAAAGGUGGCAUCCUAUUGGAAGUCCAGUUAAAAGGAUUUCUGCGUCGUCGAACUAUUGGAGCCUACUAUGUUCCUAUUAAAAAAGUUCGACAGAGUACUUCCAUUUCACGACAUCCUUCCUGGGUGGCACUGGGUGCGGAGGUGAAGCUGCGAAAUGGAAAGAUCGUCGGUACUCAGGGACCAACUAAAAACUUCCUCUUUCUAGACAUUUGGCUGGAACUCGAUAAAGGUAUUUUAGCGCCAUUUUUUGAUAUCCUUUCCGAAUAG